AUGGGAAACCUGGGGAACUUGUCGCAACAAGGCAGCAUCGCGGUCGGCAUUCUCGUUGGCCUCAUAUCAACCAGUCUGCAGGCCAUCGGGCUCACCCUCCAGCGCAAGUCCCACCUACUCGAAGACGAGAAACCGCAGUAUGAUGUGCGCAGACCUCCCUAUAAGCGCCGGCGAUGGCAGCUAGGCAUGUCCAUGUUCGUUAUCUCGAAUAUUGUCGGCAGCACCAUUCAGAUCACUACACUGCCCCUUCCGGUGCUCUCGACGCUCCAGGCCUCUGGACUUGUGUUUAAUACGAUCUUCGCAACACUUAUCCUCGGCGAACCGUUCACUCGUUAUUCCUUUGCGGGAACUUUCCUUGUUUGCAUCGGUGCUGUGUUGAUCGCGACAUUUGGUGCCAUCGGAGAACCCGCGCAUACCCUCAAUCAGUUACUGGAACUCUUGCAAGGUCGACCAUUCCUUAUUUGGAUGGGAUUUACCUUCGUGCUGGUGGUUCUCAUUCUGAUCGGAUCGAAACUAUUGAAAGCAUGCCUCCCGGGCUCACGAGCGAAGCCUAUCCCGACCGGCCAUUUUACGCCACAGAUCCUCCAGGUACAAAGCCGAAUCAAGCUUUUCCGGGGGAUGUGCUAUGGCGCUGUCAGUGGCAUUUUAUCAGCCCAUUCGCUGUUGCUGGCCAAGUCUGCGGUGGAGCUGCUGGUGCGCACGAUUGUUGAUCGAGUGAACCAGUUUAAUCGAUGGCAGUCGUGGGUGAUCUUGCUGGGCAUGAUUUUCCUCGCUCUGACACAGCUCUUCUACUUGCACCGCGGUUUGAAGCUGUGUAGCACCAGUGUUUUGUAUCCAUUUGUGUUUUGUAUUUACAACAUUAUCGCCAUCAUGGAUGGUCUGAUCUACUUCCGACAGGUUUCCGACCUAGCGGGAUUCCACGCAGGGUUGAUCGCGCUCGGGACUGUCAUUCUUCUAGCCGGAGUCCUUUGCCUCUCCUGGCGACUAGAGGACGUCGACAGCCAUGCCGCCGUCACUGUUGUUGGUCCUCCUCAGCCCGGCCUUGGGCCUGGUAUGGCGAUCGUCGAAGAACACUCGCCAACCUCGCCCGGGUUUAUGGAUGGCGAAGAUGAAGAACAUCAGAUAGGGGAACGAGAACCUCUGCUCCACGGCACCACCCGAUCUCGACGCUUUUCUUCCUACCAACGUUCACGAGCACCUAGCCUCCCAUUUAUCCCGCCCGUCGACCGUCGCGAGGCAGCAGAUCUCAACGCAGCUUCUAUCUGGGCCGAACUAGAUGAUUCCGACUAUGAACUUGUCGAUCCCCACACGCGUCCUGAGAGACCACGCAGCUCGAGCAGCAGCGCCGCCUUGAAUGAACCGAUGCGCGGACUGGCACGUCACUCAACCAUUGGACCAAUCCCGCACCAUCGCGUGCGAGGACCCCGUCGUCCCGGCCCAGGCUCAUCAACUCAGGGAAAUUCCUGGCGACGCGCAUCGGCGCCAUUGUCGGGAAUUCUAGGACCCCAACGGAGACGACGCGUUGUUUUGAGCCCUAUCACUACUUCGUCUGAUGCUCUGGGAAGCAAUGGUUAUGGAACAAUACAAGAAGACGAUAACCGCGCCUGGCAAGGGGAGUCUUCUCAUUCCCGGCAAAGCUCGGUAUCUGGGCUUCUCGCAGGCUCGAGAAGAACUCUGCUGGGUGCUUGGCGAAACGGACGACAGUAUCUCUCGCGAUGGAGGAACCCGCGGGCGGGCAAUCAAUCAGAUCGCAGCGAGAACGAAGGCUCCUCUUCGCCCUUGCUACCGCGCGCCGAAGCUCGUCCGCCGUGGGCUCGCAAUUUACAAGAUCCUAAUUCCGCGCUCGGAAAGCCGCCCUCGUCUCUAUAA